AAAUCUGGUAGCCAUAAAUUUCAGCUUGCUAGCCACCAACAGCUGUCAGUACACUUGAGGAAAACCAUCCAUGUCAAGACACAAAGAAGAUAUUCGAGGUCUUGUGCUGCUUCUGUGUACAUAUAGGGGCACACCAGCCUGCCUGCCAGCAUACUGUGAAUUGAUCCAGCUGGCUCAGUGACUAGACCAGAGGACCUUGGCACCAUUGUGUGCCAGUUGAUUUGAAGACCCAGGGACUUCAGAAUCCAGAAGAUGAACGGUCUGUCCAUACGAGAGCUAUGCUGCCUGUUCUGCUGCCCCCCUUGCCCCAGCCGCAUUGCAGCCAAACUGGCUUUCCUCCCUCCAGAGCCCACCUACGCCCUUCUCCCUGACCCAGAUCCAGGUUCUGGAGCUGGACCUGCGUCUGUGUCCGGCUCUGGGGCAGCCCUGCCUUCCCUUGGAGCUCCAGGACUACGUUCCCGGUUGGGUGCUGGUAGUGGAGGUGACAGAGGAGGUGGAGGUGGAGGUGGAGGAGGAGGUGGAGGAGGAGGUGGAGGUGGAGGAGGAGGUGGUGGUGGCGAAGGAGGAGGAGGAGGAGGAGGAGGAGGAGGUGGUGCAGGUGGUGCAGGUGCAGGUGCAGGUGGAGGUGGUACUAGCGCCAGCGGCAGUGGUGGCAGUAGUGUAAGCGAGGGCAGGUGGAAGCUGCAUCUCACAGAGAGAGCAGAGUUCCAGUAUUCACAGAGAGAGCUGGAUGUGACUGAUGUAUUCCUGACCAGGUCUAACCGAGGGAACAGGGUUGGAUGCAUGUACAUUCGCUGUGCCCCCAAUGCCAGGUUCACAGUGUUGUUUUCCCACGGUAAUGCAGUAGACCUGGGCCAGAUGAGCAGCUUCUACAUCGGCUUAGGCACACGCAUCAACUGCAACAUCUUCUCAUAUGAUUACUCAGGCUAUGGUGUUAGCACUGGCAAGCCGUCUGAGAAGAACCUUUAUGCUGACAUUGAUGCUGCCUGGCAUGCCUUGCGUUCUCGGUACGGCAUCAGCCCUGAAAAUAUCAUCCUGUAUGGGCAGAGCAUCGGCACAGUCCCCACAGUGGACCUGGCAUCACGGUUUGAGUGUGCUGCUGUGGUCCUGCACUCUCCUCUCACCUCUGGCAUGAGAGUGGCUUUCCCUGACACCAAGAAAACAUACUGCUUUGAUGCUUUCCCUAACAUAGAGAAGGUGUCAAAGAUCCCGUCUCCGGUACUCAUCAUCCACGGUACAGAGGACGAGGUGAUCGACUUCUCUCACGGCCUCGCCCUGUUCGAGCGCUGUCCCAAGGCCGUGGAGCCCCUCUGGGUGGAGGGAGCAGGUCACAACGAUAUUGAGCUUUACAGUCAGUACCUGGAGAGGCUACGGCGCUUCAUCAACCAGGACCUGGCUGCACAGCAUGCCUGAGAAACAAAAAACAGCCUCUCUGCGUUUGUACGAAUGAGAUCAUGUGUGUAUUGUGUGUGUGUGUGUGUGUGUGAGAGAAAGAGGGUGUCGGCAUAUUUGCAAAGUAUGGAUGAGAACUAGACCUAAAAAGGUCACAUGUCACAUCUGUGUGUCUUUGAAGCAGCACACCUUUAUGUUACUUUUCAAACAAUGACCUGUUUUCAAGCUGACAACGGUUUUUAAUAUAUCAUUAUCUAUAUCCAUCUGUACGGUGGAGUGUGGUUAAAUGCUACAGACAAGAACUGAGUUGAAAUGACUUCACUAAUGCGGUUUGGGUGUAUGCGUGUAUCAAAAAGUAACAAAAAUGUGCUUUGUCUAAAAAGGUACACAGGUAUCAUUUUUAAGUGUGACAUGUUGAUGAAUGUGUGCAGUUUUGGAUGAAAGUGUUGAGUGUAUACUCAUAACUCCAUGGACCUGUGACACCUUAAUAAUGCGUGCACAUGUUUGUGUGUGUGUGUGUGUGAGUGUGAGUGAGUCAGGCGGUGCUGCAAGAAAUGAAGGACAUCCUGUUGACUUGGACAGCUGCAAGUUCAGGAGGCAUAUGGAGACUUAUCAAUAUUGAUGUUUUUUUUUUUUUUUUUUUUUUUUUUGUGUGUGUAUGAAGAAUACCUCCACAGUUUGACCAACUCUCUUCAGUGGACAAACACUGGUCAAACAUGUGCCCCCCUCCCCUUCCCCCCAGACUCCCUGUUUACCUGUUAAUGGACAACCAUUUGACUGCCAGGGGAUUUCCCAAGUUGAUGUCCAACUAACACUAACCUACCCUCUGUGUGGUUUUGGGGUCCAUCUCCUUUCCUUUUGGUGUCAGUUAAAGUGGAUACACGAGGACUAGUCUGGAAUACUGUUGUAGUAGCUCGUAUGGCUGUUGGGUGUUUCCCACUUUCCCUCAUUUUUAACUCUGAAAAGAUCACAGGAUGGCCAGCUUCCACUUUUUUCCCCCUGGCUGUGCUGUAGCUUUUGCCUUUCUAUCGUUCACAGAAUUGCAUCAGCAGCUUACAGGGAAUGAUUUUGAUCUCCCUGUAUGUUUCUUCCCCACUCAGCCCAGCAAAGAUGGCUGAAACAGUAGUGUGGAAACAGAUUGAAAUGGAAACAGGUUCUUGAGAGCCACACUGAAGGUAUCUAUGUUUAUGUGGAUUUUUUUUAAGGCAUCAAUCAACUACAGAAGUGUAGGUUUAUUUAGUCAUUUUCGUGUCGCACAAAGUAGUUUAGCUCUAAACAGAAGGCGGUACUUGGACAGACUGCACUUGCUCGGUAACAGCAGGAAUAAGUCAGAUUAAGUCUGAAGUGCAGUUUGAGAUCUGUGAAUAUGUUGUAGUCUCUUCUCGUGAACAGACCCAUGUGGAUUUUAAUGCUUUAGUUUGAUUUGAUGUCUUUUUUUUCUUUUUAAAAAAACAAAAAAGGAGCUGCUCAGUUCACCAAAUGAAUGAGGACUGUGUCCAUUCUGUUGAGAGUAAUUGUGCUUUAUCAGACUCUUUCCUGUGUUAUGCUGAUGAACUCUUAGUCUUAUAGCACAGUUUGUUUUCCAAGUCUUGUUCCUGUAGCACUCAUCACCCAGGUUAGACAGCCUCCUAUUCAUAUUCACCCUCAGCACAUUUUUCUUAACGUUUUUGUCUCGAUGUAAUUAUUCAGAACGUGUUUGUUGUAGUGUAGGGCCAUGGAUCAUUUGUUUCAGAACCAUGACUAACAAUGUGAUUUAGAUGGGGUGCCAGGACGGGACAUCAUGCCUACUAGCUCUGUUUAACCUCUGUGGCCCUAAUGUAAGGGAGCUCUCUUAUGGGUGGCAGAACGCUUUAUGUCUGACACAAGCCAUAUUUGAGCCUCUCACUGUUGGUGUGGUGCAGGUUCCACCACACACACCUUUUUUUGCACAUCAUCACACGCAUACACACACACACUUUGAAACACAACAUACACAUGCAUACACACAUCACACGUACUGUAGUACACAGUAUAUUUACACAUUUAUAUAUAUCAGAUCAAGCAUGACAAAAGCAGGUCUUAAGUUCAGCACUAUUGUACAAAGCAUCCAAAGUGUAAUAAGGGUAUAAAAUGUAAGUUUGUGUGUCGUCUUCAUUAUUGUCGACUGUCUUCAACAGGCCAGCAUCAAGGAUACUAGCAUCCCGUUCUGAAACAAAACUAAUAAGAACUGUGUAGACCUGGCAAAAGUACACAAACUGGUUUUAUGGUCGCAGGCUAGCACUACAUUACCUUGCAACCUCGUCCAGCUCAUUCAGAUCUACACAGUGUCCGCUGCGCAGGAGACCCAUCAGGUUCAGUGGUAGUAGCUGCAUUUUGUUAAAGGGAACAUGUACUGAGCUAGCACUGGUCUGAUUACUCCAUUUUUGGGAGUACAAGAAAGGUUAUCCAACAUCAUUUGCUGCCCGUCAUCGUUUCAAACAGGGAAUCUCUUCAUUCUCAUCCUGUGCUUUGUGUCUCUGAUAUUUAAAUAAUAGAAAUCUGUUACCAUCUUGAACCAGGGAUCUGAGCUGUCAGAAGAAUUAGAGAGAAUUAUCGCCUCUCUGAAAACAGAUAAAUGCCUCAGUUUUUUUUCCUGGACAGGUCGUGUUAUCAGGGAAACCACUGGAUCCACCUCUCUUGGAGUUUGGUUAAAGAAAGGGGGCGUAAACUCGCUGUUUUAUCGAUGCACCACUAUGGUAUAGUGUAUCCUCUGGCCCUGAAUGUUUAUCGAUUGUGGGGGAGGGGGGGUUGAAUAUUGAAAACUGUAUGCAUGUCUAUUGUGUUUUGCAGAGCAAGUGAUGGGGUGGGAUGUUAUCUAUUAUGUAUUAUAUGUGAGGGUAAAGCUGAACUCAUUGCAUUGGAACAUUGAAGCGCUUUAAAAAAAAAAAAAACUAAAAAAAACGGGACGUAUAUUUGAAUUUUUUUAUUGCUGAUACUAACUGAUGUAUUGUUAUGAGUUUUGUGCUAGAGUUGAGCAGGGCAGUGGUGGGUGGUAUGGGGGGCUACACAAUAUUAGUGGGCUGUUUAUAUGGUUACUGUACUUACCUAUUCUAUUCUUUGUAUUAUGAUUUGUAAUUUUAUGUUGCUUUUUUUGAACUGAGAAUAUGAUGUAAUGAAAUUAAUACAUGGGACUGAAUCUUGACCUUUUUAUGGACAACAAAAUAAUAAAAGAUC